AUGAAAAAAUGGAUUGUCUUACUCGGCGGGGCUAUGUUCUGUGUCUUUUUCAUUUCUAUGUAUAUGGUGGUGGAUCAACUAGGAAGACUGCCAAGUUCACACGAAAUUUUCAAAAAUGAGGUAACUUAGCUUGAGGGUUUGUGCUGUAGCAAACAUUCAUUGACUUCACAAAUUUAGGAAGCACCUGGCGUUAUUUACCUUCAGAGUUACUUUAUAACCGUUAACAUCCUGUGUAAGGUAUUUACUGAUUCAACAAUUUUCCGUCAGGAGAAACCCCCGAAUUCCAUCUGUUGCCUAGCAUGUAGUAAGUGCUUUUGUUAGUCUUUCUCAAUCGUCUCUGGGCGAUGCGACAAGCUAAAUUUUCAUGCGGUUUUCAAACGUUUCUUGUUUUAAUUUGAUGAAGCCUUCAGAGGUGCUUAUACCUUGCCGAUCUGUGUAUCCACGUGUGCAAUUAUCAUCCUAAGGACCUAUGCAAAUUGAGCGGAAACUGCACUAGAGACUUUCUUGUUAUUCCAAGCUUCUUACAGGUGUUUAAGAUGCAUUAACAUAGUUUAGUUAAUUAGCAAACCAGGACCUUUUUAAAUGUCGACAUGUGAACAGAUGGCUUUUAAAAAUUAUAAAUUCAAGCUUUGAUAGGCUUUAGUGCCAUAUAUUUUUCAACUUUCGAGAAAUACUUGCUUUAAAUUUGGUUUUAUUUACCUCAAAUUCAUUUUCAUGUGAUGUAAUUUUUUUUUCGUCAUUGAGGAUAGUUCAUUUGUUCUGAAGAGAACUGAUGUAUUGUUUAAUCCCACCUGAAUUUUUUACUCCAUCUUUUCCAUCAUUUUAUGGCAAAAACUCUUGAAUGUAAGUCCAUAAGACUGUACCUGCUCUAAUUAACAUAAACACUUUUAUUGAAUUAGAGGAGGUGUUUUGCACAAAUUGUUUUCAGUUGAGUUGAUGUCAAAAGGAUAAAGUGAUAGAGGCAAACUUUGAAAUUUAAAUAUUCCACUAAAAUCAAGGGGUACUAUAGACAUCAUUAAUUAACAUUAUUGGAAAUUUGAAUUCUUAGACAUUGUUAUUGCAACUAAAUUGACUGAAUAUGGUGGCAAUAAUAUUUCCAACUCACAAGUGAAACAACUGGAGUGAUUCUGAAAUAAAGAGAAACAUUUGUAUUGGACAAUUCUGCAAGCAAAGUCUCUCCUAUUAAUCCUUUAACUCCUAAGAUCUGAUUGUUUUUUCUCCCCUCUAGUUGUUACACAUUUCUUGGUAAAUUAGCGAGGAGAAUUUGGCAUUAGAUCAAGAUAACAACCUUAAAGUCAUAAGUUUGAGUGUUCUCAUUACUUUUUUGCUGGAUAAUGCUUAUGAUAAUACAUGUUUAUCACUUCUGGGAGUUGAUGGCCAGUUAAAUAAGGGCUGGAAAAUAAAAUUUUUGGAGUUUUAGUAGAAUAAGAUUGAAAUGUUUCAAAAAUGAAAUGAUUUAAGUUCAAAAUGACUGUAUAAGCUCUAUGAAUCAUUUAACACAGUCAUUAUCAAUUGAUAUCAUCCCAUAGUUUAACUUUCUCAGACUUGUAAAGAACUUAUGAGACAAUCUCGAUAUGUUAGAUACACAUGAAAUUGUCCUGAGUUUGUUUACAAGAUUACUUCUGCUGCUAUCAAAAUGCCCCAUUUUGUGAAAUCAAUAUUUGGGGGAAAUUUUUUUAUAGCAAAGGAGAAGGAGAAUCACUUAAUGAGAUCUUUAGAGUGAUAGAGCUAAGUCAUUCUUUCUGGGUUGUUUGAAUGCAGGACCAUGCUGCUGGAACAGUUCAGCAGUUUACCUGUAUCCAUUGCUCACAGUGGUCAUACUUAUAACUCAGUUCCCUGCAGUUUACGCCAAGUUGUUUUGGCUUGUGAUUCAUGUGCAUGCCCAGAUGUAGAUUCAGUUAUUCCAGCGAAUUCAAGAUUUACUAGUCUUUUUACAUAAACAAUUAAAAUGAAAAUAUAUGUUCUUCAGGUUACAAAGCAAAUAAAAGAACCUUUGGAUUUUCUGGAGAAAGAUUUGAAUAAACUGCAAGUAGACUUAUUGAGAUCUGGUAAAAUAAUUGAUGGUUUGCAGAAUGCUGUUGAUCAAUUGAGAUUUAAUGGUCAAGAACCACCUACUGACAAGACACAGGAUUUGGCACCAGUAAGAAGACCUACAGCGCCUGCCAGUGACAUGGAUGACGGCUGUAUAUUCUCUGGUUCAGCAUCAGGAAAAUCAGCCAAUGUGAAGGUGGUGUGAACAGAAUUAGAUGUACCUUUCAUCAUGUUUGUUGUAAUAAUAGUAUUGUAUUGUUUCCUAUGCAAAGAGAAGUCAAAUGAUGUUCAAGUUAAAUUUGUUUACCAAUUGCAGAGCUGUUAGUAAGUCUCGUGCAUUGUGCUCUAGACUCACACAAAUGAAUUCAAUCUUAUGCUCUCAUGCUGAAACUAUUAUUUCUCACAGUCAUUUGAGAUUUCUGGUAUAAAUUGUUGAUCUUGAGAUAGUAGACCACUGCUUUAGUCAACUACCUUAGAAUGAUAUGAAUUAACUGUCUUAAUGUAAAAUUUACUCCUUGUUCCCUUUGUACUUGCUUCAAACACUUCAACAGUAGAAAUUCUCAUACAGAGCCACCUUAACACUUAUUGCACAUGUUCAUAUGCUGACUGCAGACAUGUAGCAUGGAAUUUUUCCACACAUGUUGAGAAUAAAAGAACACAUGUCCUAGCAAUCUUCAGUUAGAAUAUUAAGUUGAAACAUUUUGUUUUGAUGCAGAUGUUAGACAUGUUUGAUGUGAUGCCAUUUGAUAACAUUGAUGGCGGUGCAUGGAAGCAAGGUUGGAAUGUGCAAUAUGAUGACACGGCAUUUGACAAGGAGCCUUUAAAUGUGUUUGUUGUACCCCACUCACACAAUGAUCCAGGUACACUUUUUGAAUGUUUUGGCAUAGUUGUUGGUAACAUUUUAUGUUUAUUUGUUACUUUUUUGUUGUAUUUUUACACACUUAACUGCCUGGGGGGGGAUGUUGAAGCUUCAAAUUGACUGGCACAUGACACAUCACUUUGACUCCUACAAGUGCUCAAAACCUGAUUGUCUCUGAGUAAAUGUACUGGAUAGUUUUAGAGAGAUUAUGUUGGGUUUUCCCUAAUGCUUCAGACAAAUUAUCAUGAUUGUUAAUUCUUAAAAAACAAAAAUUACCAAUCAAGCUUGUUUGAAAUCAUUGAUAGUGUCAUUACUAUCAUCAACUGAAGCCUAUAAAUCUUCAUGACAAAAUUAAAACCUGAUACACCCUACAACUGAAAGCAAUACUUUACCAAGGCUUCACCACUUCUUCUUCUGUUUGUAGUUUAUUUACACCAUACAAUCAUAUAGCUACCUGGUUAUGUGUUAUGACUUUACCAUCUUGAUGAGUGUUUACUUCUUUUUAACAGGCUGGAUCAAGACUUUAGAUCAGUACUACACACAGCAAACCCGACAUAUUCUUGAUAAUGUUGUUGAUGCACUUGCAGUAGAUAAAAAGCGCAAGUUUAUUUGGGCAGAGAUGUCAUAUUUGUCAAUGUGGUGGAAGGAAGCAGAUGAGAAAAGGAAAAAACUUGCUUUAGAGUGAGAAGUAUUUUGUAUCAAAUCAUUUUGUGUUUGUAGUACUACAUAAUAUGUAUGUUCAUGAAAUAUGUCAAAUGUUAAUUGAUGCUGUAUUUGAAGAAGUUUGCUCUAGGUCGGUUGUUUUCUUCUAAUUGUAUUUAGCGUAGCUAACCAUGAAGUCUUGAAUUUCUUGGUAAAUUUUUUCCCUGAACUUUCUGGAUCUUGGAAAACAUCAGAUAUUUCCCAAAUUCUGGCCUUGAAAUUUAAGCCUUAUCAUUCUGUAACCUAAUAUCCUGUAACUGUUGCCCCAAGAACCUAAUUGUGGACCCUUCUUAGUGAGUAGUGAAUGCUGUUAUUAAUGAAUGUACAAGUUACAUGAAGGUAAACUGAAAUUACUAUUGGUUGGCUUAUUUUGCAGACACUUAACUAACGGCCAGUUGGAGAUUGUAACAGGAGGAUGGGUGAUGAAUGAUGAGGCAAACACUCAUUAUUAUGCCAUGCUGGAUCAGAUGAUUGAGGGGCAUCAGUGGAUUGAAAAAAAUCUUGGUUCAGGUGAAGAGAUGAAUAUGAAUUUGUUUUUAAGGAUGCAAUAUGAUCCCAAAAAAAGGAUAUGUUACAAUCCCAAAAUAUAGAAAAAGAAACAGUAUUUCAGUCAAAAAUGCCUCUUUGUGUCUGUAGCUCUGUAGUUGUUCAAGCGUAUUGUUGAGCAGUGCUCCUGGAAGUGCAACAUAUUUUCAAAGUCAUGGUUUGGCAGCCAAAAAUUCAUGAAAAUGGUCACCAGCUGACCAAAACUGUAGUUGUUUUUUUUUUUUUUUGGAUGAAAUGAGUUAUUUUGAAGUUAUUAUUAAUUUGUUACAAGGAAUCAAGCCGAUGUCUGGCUGGGCCAUUGAUCCCUUUGGACACACACCCACAAUGGCUUAUCUUUUGAGACGCAUGGGUUUCCAUUCUAUGUUGAUUCAGAGGACACAUUAUCAGGUGAAAAAGCAUCUUGGCAAGGAGAAAAAUCUUGAGUUUAUGUGGCGACAGAACUGGGGUAAGUCAUAGGUCCAAAUAAUCACUUAUUAUGACAAACCAAAAACAUAGCAGACCAAAGAACAGUUAAUAACCUUUAUAGGGAUCAUCUUACUUAAGCACUUGCCCUAAAAGUGCUUAGUCCACCAUUUUUUUGAAGACUGAAUGGAUUCAAACAGAAAACUGAUGUUCCAUUUGAGUUGCCAGAAACCUUCCCAUGUCUUGACAUUACAUUUAGAUGCUGUUGGCCUAAUGUCUACAUUUUAUUGGUCCUUUAAUCCCCAAGAGUGACUAGCAGCUAAUUUCUCCAUUGAUACAGUAUUACCACUGAUUAACAGUAGAGGUCAUGAGAAUCAAAGAUUGAAAUGAUCACCAACUAAAGGAGCUCUUGAAUAAUAAAAAAUUAUCCUUGUUGGUACCAUAGGAAAUGUGUAGCUUUAGAACAGUAUAGAAAAUAUGUACACUAAUGUUAGAGACUAUUAAGAAAUUCAUUUUGAAAAUAUAAUGCCAGUAAUUAUGAAUUUCAGAUCAUGGAUCAUCAACUGACAUGUUUUGCCACAUGAUGCCAUUUUACAGUUAUGAUGUUCCUCACACUUGUGGUCCAGAUCCAAAGGUAUACAUUAUGACUAAGUAACUGAUGUUGGUCUAUGAUGCCAGUUUCUUUAAAAGUAGGUUCUCUUUGUUACAGAUUAUACUUUUGCUUAUUUUGAUUCUAGAUUUGCUGCCAGUUUGAUUUCCGUCGUCUGCAAGGCGGUGGUAUAAGCUGCCCAUGGAGAGUUCCACCUGUGAGAAUUGAUGAUUACAAUGUUGCAUCAAGGUAAAUUGUUACUGGUGACUGUUUUAUUUUAUUUAGUGCUUUUCACUUGUCUGAGGGGUGUCAACUUUAAAUAAGACUAAGAGCAAUAGUUGGUCAGAACAAACUUUAAGGGAAGUAAUUCAAGUCGCUAGUGAAAAUAUAAAAUGACACAAUUGUGAAAGUUAAAGAUUGAGCUCUAAACGUGGAAAAUGCAAUUCAUGACGUUGUAGUAAGAGUAGGUUAAUCCUUUAACUCCCAAGAUCUGACUGUUAAUUCUCACCUCUAUCUACUACACAUCUCCUUGUACAUGUAGAUUAAUGAUGAGAAUUUGUUGUGGGAUCAAGAUAACAACUCCUCCCUUGAGUAUUCUUGUUAAUUGUUUGCUGGAUAAUGUAUGGAUAUUAUUAAUAGAAGAGAAGCAAUAUGUUAACCUUUUCUUGGAAUUACAGAGUUAAUGAAAACACAAGUUUUCAAGUAGCAGUAGUGAGUUUUUCUUAUCAUUACUUGACCACAAUAUUCAUUCCAAUUUCUGAGCAGUCACAGGCUGUUUUGCAAUGCUAUUUAAGUGUGUAUUAGUGGAAUUGUUUUUAAAACAUGGUAUCUGUCAUAAUAUUCAUGGCGAAAAGCAUCCUAGAUUACUAGUCAAGUGUCAAUGUAUAACUUGCCCUUUACGUAUUUUGAUAUACUUGUCAUUAUUGAUAAAUUUUACCUCACAGAGCCAGAUUAUUGUUAGAUCAGUACAAGAAGAAAGCUCAGCUGUACAGAAGUAAUGUGUUGUUUGUACCUUUGGGAGAUGAUUUUCGAUAUGAGACAACAUUUGAGACACACGAGCAGUAUACCAACUAUCAGGUACAGUGGACGUGCCUCUUCUUUGAGGUUUCACCUGUUUACACAAAGAAAAAUCCAUCUGUUUUCUACAGAAAUCCCAAGCAUUUGACUGUUGGUUAAAUAAAGGCACAUAAGUAUGGACAAUGCUCAAAAGUCAUAAUCCGGCUGAGUGUGUUAAAAAAAAGAAUUAGCUCACAAUACCCUUUCUAUUUGAAACAUGUUCUUUACCAGUACAACUUGCAAGCUAUUCGGUGCUAACCUGUUUAUCCUAUUUUCAACUUCAAACAGAAACUUAUGGACCAUAUCAAUUCUCAUCCAGAACUGAAGGCAACGGUAUUUAUUUGCAUUUUAGUGGUUUAACUUAUUUGAUAUCAAUAAUACAAAGUCAAAAAUAAAUACCGGUAAUUGAAAUAACAAACUUAUGACAAAUCUCCGGUUUGAUAAUAAAAUAUAUGUAUGCAUUUUGUUAGUAGUUGUUUGAGCUUCAUACUUGUCUUGUUUUUCCUGAAGAUGUUUUCCUUAGCUUACUUGAUGCAAUUAGUCAAAACUGAUUUAGCCUUAGGUUGAUUUGUGUUUUUCAUAGUCAUUUCACUCUUGCUCUAAUGUGUUGCUGUUGAUCUCAGGUACAAUUUGGGACUUUGAGUGACUAUUUCAAUGCACUAUGGAAAACAACAGGUAUGAAACCAGCAGACAUUCUCAUUACCUCGUGGUAAUUGUGAAUGUAAAUGAUUCUUGUAUGUUCUUGAAGUCACGAGCAGCCAAGGUCAAAAGAAGAUUUAACUCUUAACUCUUCCACCCACUAUACUUUUUUUGUAAUCUUCUAUUCCUGUUUGAAUUUUACAUGUGGUGUUGCUAAGUCUGUCAGGUAUGCCUUGCUCUAAUGUAAAAGAUGGAAAUUAUUUGUAGGUACUGAGCCUGGAGGCCAACCAAAGGGGUUCCCAGCUUUGAGUGGUGACUUCUACACUUAUGCAGACAGGUAAAAUUUACCAGAGUUGUGCUUGUGGAUAGUUUUAUUUUAUAUAUUAAAUAUUUGUCAUCUCUACCAUAGCCUACGUGUAGCCGAACCUUCCCUCCCCUCCCCCCCAGGUGAAACGUUUCACCUUUGGGGGGGGGAAGGGAAUGGCUACACGUAAACUAUCUCUAACAGUGAGUCAAACGACAUGAAAUAUUUGUAAAAAUGUAAUAAUCUGAGUUAUUUAUGUUGCCAAAACCACUUUUUAAAGAGUGAAGCAGAGCCUGUGUUUUGUUGGUUGUUAUUAUGCACAUCGGCUGCAAUCAGUGUCUUUUCUCAACUUCGUUCUGUAUAUAUUGGCAAAUGGCACAUUUGCAUUUAAACGAGCUAUUCGCUCAUAUGCGAUAUGUGGUUAAAUAAAGUUACUUACUUACUUACUUAUUUGUCUUUUGUGAGAUUAACGUUGUUUUAUUUCAGUUAUGAUCUGGUUUAUUUCUUCAAAGUUUGUUCACUCUUUCACAGGGAUGAUCACUAUUGGAGUGGAUAUUAUACAUCCAGACCAUUCUACAAGAAUAUGGACAGGGCGCUGGAAACACAACACAGGUUUGUAUCUUUAAAUUGCAUCCUAAGAAGUUCCCUAGGUUUGAUAGUGCUCAGUUUUGCUGCAGCUGCAAAAAAAGGUUAAGUCUGUUCUCGAGCCUAGUGGACCAUUGAGCCGGAGUUUAUCCCAGUUUCCUUAGUGUGAAGCAACUAGAAGUAUUACUACUCUCCCCUGGAUGGCAUGCUAGUCCAUGGCAAGGUUACCCCCCCGCAUUCCAUCAAGCUUCCUUGAUAAUUGGGCGAGACCCAUUAUUUAUACUUCUGAGUGGAGAGAGGCUCCAUGAGUUUUAAGAGUCUUUCCAAGAACACAACGCUAUUACUUAGCCAAGUUUCGAACCCAGAUCUCUCGACCAGGAGACUGGCACACUUAUGCCAUAAGGCUUCUACAUCUCCCACUUGCUACAGCGUUUGGCCAAAUUAUUUAUCUCAUUGUCAUUGAGACACCUAAACAUUUAUCUCUCAUGUUCCCUUUUUUCUUCUUUUCUAAUUUUUUUCUCCAGGGCUGCUGAAAUAAUAUUCUCAGUGGCAGAGUCCCAUGCUCGCCACCAUGGAAGUUCCAGCUUCGCUGUGGAGCAGCUCUAUGGUCUUCUCACUAAUGCACGUAGAAACCUGGGCGUAUUUCAACAUCAUGAUGGUAUCACUGGAACAGCAAAGGACUUUGUAGUUGUUGAUUAUGCCACAAGGUGUGUGUAUGUGCGUACGUGCGGGCGGCCCUCAUUAUUUAAUAGCGCUGUAUCACGCUCGUUUCUCCGCCCGCGAGAAGACUUGAGACGUGUCGGUUAGAAGUUGCAGGGCUCUGGCACCUAUAAAAUAAGUCCCAAGCCCCUUGCAGACCUCUCGCCGACUCGCUUUGCUCUAAAAAACCUCGCAAUUUCCCGUGGGCAAAGAUACGCUCGUUCCAAAGCACUGAUAAUGAGGUUCUGCUCGUAGUCUAGUAGUAGCGCCCAAAUAUUAUCUGGGAGGCAUGGGUUCGAAUUCCGUCGAAACCUGAAAUUUUUUAGCCCUCUUUUCUGCAAUUGCUGAAAUUGCAGUCCACCUGCUAGGAUCUUUCUUUUCUUGAGGAAAGCUUAAGUUAUUAUGGUUGUUACGGAUUUCUUUUUUUGUCAAGUUGUAUGCUUAUAUUGUCUUAACAUCGUUGUAAUUUAGAGAGUUUUUAAUAUCCUUUAGGAUGCUCCAAUCUUUGAAUGACAUGCAGCGAGUGAUACAGGACUCUGCCCACUUUCUGUUGACAUCAGACAAAUCACAGUACAGGACACCAGACAAAGUGUUACCGCCCCUUAAGUUUGUACGUAUCGUUUUUUUGUUUUUGCAGUUGUUUUUAGCUUAGUUUACUUUAAUUUCCAAGGCUGCGAGCCGACGAACCAUCGAAUGAGCAAGCGAAUGGAAGAGCGAAGAAGACAGAACAAAUAUUGAGCAAAAAUAAGAAGAAACCAAUGAUAAAAGCAAGCAGCCAGCCAAUGGACAACCCGUAACUAAACCAUCCUACAACCACCAGCCCUUUUAUCUAAUUUCGCUCAAAUUGUAGUUAAACCGUUUCGUAUUGCUUUGUUCAGGGUGAAUCCAGACAAGCUCAAGAUUCUAUGCCAACUAAAGAGGUGCUAACUUUGUCCAAUACACCAAGGUAUGGUAACUGUUACGUAUUAUAAGAGCACUUUUAAAUUCAAUAGUAUGAAAGCAAGUAAAAAAGGCGAUUUUCGCGUGGAACAGUGCUCAAUACUUUGGAGCAGAGCAGAAUAAAUAUUAUGAGAGGAAAAAAGGACGCAACUACAUUUCCCGACAAGCCUGUUUCGUGAAACAGGCUUGUCGGGAAAUGUAGUUGCGUCCUUUUUUCCUCUCAUAAUAUUAAUAUUUAUAUAUAUAUAUAUAUAUAUAUAUAUAUAUAUAUAUAUAUAUAUAUAUAUGUAUAUCACAAGGACGCAAGAACUACGAGCGUGGAUACGAAGAGCUACUUAUUUCUUCAUAAUAGGUUAUUGUCACGUUUUUGGACCCGACCAUGCGCAACACCCCUUAUUAUCCUUGUGAUUUUGAACUGAAAACCCAAAGGAAACACCUCCACAACAUAUUCAGCGUCAAUAUAUGAACACAAAAACAUAAGUAAGGACAUGUAAACUGCCUCGAGAGUAGGAAAACACGAGUGCAUGAUCGAAUAGUGGCUUGUUUUCGAUCGAGAUCUGAUUGGUUUAGAUUAUGGGACUUGAGUUCCAUACUAAUCUGAGAGCGAAGGAAAGCAAAGCAUAUGCAACCGAAAGAUAUAAAACCAGUCUAUGGUUAGCACUCGUUGAAAGCCGCCUUGACUUUUAUCACGAAAACAAGCAAUCGAGGAAUAACUGAAAAUGAGAUCUUCGCAGCAAUGAACACUACUUGAGCAGUAGUGAUAGAGAGGCCUGAAAAAUAUUCAGGCCUGUAUGGGAGUUGAACUCAUGACCUUUGCGAUUUAUUUUCAGGUCUUGUUUUCCUUGCUGCUUAAGCAGUUUCAUUACUGUGAAGAUCACUCUCGUAUUCAUUUAUUAAUCCGAAGUUUACAUACAUGAUAUUCAUCUAUUCACAGUUAUUCGAGCAAUAGUCAGGUCUUAAAGACAUAACCUUGUUGUUAUAGGGCUGUAGUAUUUUACAAUUCCCUGACUACAGAAAGAGAGCAGUUAGUCAGCCUUCACAUCUCGGACCCAGCUGCCAUGGUAUGUUCACUGAAAUCAGUUUUUAUAAGAGUACACAGGCUCUCUACUUUUCAGGUUUUGACGGAAUUAUUCCAUAACAGCUCGCGAACAGCCUCUUAUUGACACCACUGAACGGGAAACUCACGGGCUUCUCGUGAAGUCUGCGAGAGUCGAGCUGGUAAGCAAACGACGGGUCUGUCACUAGAGCCCCUGCAGACCUCCCGCGAAGCUCUUGAAGCAGCGCCAAUGAUUUCAUGUGUCCAAUUCUUGAUUGAUGAUGAAAAGUUAUUCCUUUCUGAAUUGAUUGCCCCUAUCCAGGUUAGUGACAGUCAAGGAAAGGAAGUUCCAAGUCAGGUGAACUUAUGGUGGGAUCACAGAGACAGAAUUUCAGCUGCUAAAUACGAAGUAAGAUGUGCUAUCAUGAAGUCAGGUUGAUUGCUUGUAAUAUUACCACCAGUUUGAGGAAAGCGCACGCGAAACCAUCAGUGUCCUUAAUAGUCGAGAUAAAAAGCUGAUGGUCAAAGUCACUUUUCACGGCCAAUGUGAUCCCUGAAUUCAACAGGUGCCGUUCCAGUCAAAUCCCUCCCCCGCCUUCCCCGCACCUUCCAAAAGGAACCAAAAUAUAGGUGAGUGACAAGGGAGGAGAUUUAGGAGCGGAUUAGAGAUGGAGGGGGGAGAGGGGUUUACAAGUAGUCACUUUUCCAUGUAGGGUUCCAAGCUCUCUUGAGUCAACUCUUCCAUGCAGUGAUAAUUGUAUUGAUGGCUCAAAGCAAAUACAGGUUGAUUCAUUUCACCCAUUUUGUGUAUUUCAGCUCGUGUUUGUCGCCAAAGUUGCCCCUCUGGGUGUGACCACGUACUUUGUGUCAUCAGGCCUCGGAGCAAAACAGAGUGAAUACUCCAGUAUCACAGAAUAUAACAUAAACAGAAAUCCUGAAAAACCAAGGUGAGGGUUGAACAAAAGGGGUACGUUUCUAAAUAAACUGUGGUGCGGCGUCGGUGGGGAGAAGUAUAAGAUGAUUUGGUCUUAUCAACUGACAGAGUUAAUAGUGAGGCUAGCACGGCUGUUUCAAAACGCCCGCCAGUGGAAAUUUAGUUCGCGCAUGUCAGAUUGACAUUUUCAAUUUGAAACCGCUGAAAAUGUACGUUUAACGGCUCAACAAGAAAGAGCCCACUGAUAACUAGGUCGCAAAAAGUAUAUGCGCAAAGCCCAAGGAAAUAGCUAACUUAUGCGCAGACAUUGUAUUUUGCUUCCCUGGUUAAUGUCCUCCUAGGGAAGAUUGCGUGUGCGGGAUAGUUAACUAUGCGACGGCUUAAUGGCAUCUUGUUUUGACGCGAGAUGACUCAUCGCCUUUCUGAGGUCUUCUUAUUUUCAGGCAAGAUUCUGAUUGAUUCGAAUUUUUCUUUCAAUAAAGGAACAACUCAGGCUUUACGUCUCUCCUUUGCCAUCAGUUUCUUUACCAUGACGUUUUAAUCCGAAUUGUUUUGAGCGGUGUAAUCUGCGAUUACACAUCACCACCGAAAUAGUAAAUAUGGCGUCCAUCUCCCCUUUGACCUCGAACUAAUGCCCCUAAACUACGCGAAUUUAUCCUCUGAAUGAUCUCAUGCUUACCCAUGGGCUAAACAAAGAAUACACGAUUUAUGACAAACUGAUAAAAUGACGACGGCCUUCUGUUACGUGCAAGAAAGUCGAACUACGUGCGUGUGAUUUCCUCCUCGAAAAGUGUAUGUCAUCGAUCUGUCACGGGGAGCUACGUGAAAUAGUGAAAGCACGGACAAGACGUUUCUUUCGGUCAACAUUUCAAUCAUGAUCACGGAUAAUAAACCUUACAAUUAUAUGUUACCAUUUGUGCUUUGAUCUGAUAGUUAAAUCGUUUUUCUUGGCCGUGAUUAACAUGGUUUUUGGCGAAUAUUCCCUCUCCUUCAAAUGGAAUGAACUACACGCAAUAACACAAUGCAAAUAUUCCCGCACCCCUGAAGAACCGAUCGAGAGAGAUAAAUAGACACCCCUUCCUGAAACAAGGUACAAACCCUAAGGGUGUACCCUUCUGAAGCAAUAAAAGGCCGGAAAAAGGAACUUCGGAACAUAUCUUGAGUCAACUUAGAACUGCGUUGCUUAAUCCAAGUUUAGUUCACAACUCGGUUCGAUUAGUGCAUUCAGAUGGCUAACUUUGGUCUCACUGAACAUCAACAAAUAUUGGAAAAAAUUUGCCGAAUUUGUGGAGAGCGAUUGAAGAAGGCAAAAGAUAAGUAUGAGAACAGUUUUCUUUGCGCCGAUAAGACGGAGAUUAUUUUCACAGCCUUUGGUGUCAAAGUUCGUAAAGAUGACCUUGACAUGUGCCCUCCUAAGUUCUGCCACAAGUGUUACAAGCUUGCUUUAAGAGGAGGCACACGCCUUGCAAUCAAUGUGUGGCCUCCACACAAACGCACUGGAAACUGUAAGAUCUGCAGUUUCUUUAAGGAUCAACAGAAACCUGGUAGGAAGAAGAAGACUAAACCUGGAAUAAAACCCAGAGAGGACUCAGCUGAACCCAAGGAACAAGUGGAAAUGGUGGAAGGAAUGUCUGGCACUUUAAGCUUCCAACCUGACCCAGCCUCACUCUCAUUCUAUGAGGAGGUAAAGAAUCUACAAAGCUUUAGAGGAUCAGAACCUCUUUACCCAGAACAGUUUGUUGAAAACAUCAAGCAUGAGUAUAUGUGCCCAAUUUGCAAAGAGGUACUUGAUCAACCAGUCCAGACAAAAUGUCGAACUCCACACAUAUUUUGUGCUAGUUGCUUAUCAUUUUCUGUUGCCUAUUGCUGUGAAUUAUAGUCUAAUUAUAGUUGGUUAUCAUUUUAGGAAUGGAAGGCUGACAUGGAACAAUGCAAUCCCAGAAAAUAAAGUGCACAUAAAACUUGGAGGAGAUGCUGGUGGUGGGUCAUUUAAAAUGGCCUUCCAGAUUGCUAACCUGAGGCAUCCAAAUUCUAAAACCAACACAGUGGUCUUUGCCAUGUUCCAUGCAAAAGAUAGUUGGGCUAAUUUAAAGACAGCCUUAAUGAAAUAUAAAGAACAAGUAAACACCUUGAAAGAAGCAACCUGGGCGUAAGUGAAAAAAAAUUUACCACACUUUUAGUUAAUCGGGAGAAUAGAGACCUGAAAUAGCAUAAUAUUAAUUAAAUUUUUAUUUUUGUUUUGCCCAUUUCUAGAGGUAAAAAGAAAGUGGUUUUCCUGUUUGGUGACUAUGAGUUCCUAUGCAAGCUGUUUGGAAUAGCUGGUGCCUCAGGUAUGAUCCAGACAAUAAUUCACAUAUACAAAUAAUAAUGAUUUAGCAAUUCAAUAAAAUAAUAUAAAUGUAGCCUCUACUCUACAUAACUAUUUCUGUGAAACAGGUUUCCACCAUAAGAAUUGUAUUUGCAGGCAAAUAUCCAUGUCUUUGGUGCAAGAUAAAUCAUGAAGUAAUGCAAGUCUCUUGCCAUAAACAUAGGCAUGCUGAAAAACGAAGUCUUGAAAACAUUCAAGAGGAUUAUGAUAAGUUUGUAGCAGAUGGCUCUGUUACAAGUCGACAGAAGUUUUAUCACAAUGUGAUUCACGAGAAACUGCUGGACAUUGAAUUGGACAAAGUAAGAUACAAGAGUUUAUUUUAUUGCUUUGAAGAGGGACUUACAGGCCACCUAACUAAAUGGUUGUCUAUUUCAGGUUUGUGUUCCUGGACUUCACAUUAGCUUGGGUGUGUUUAAGAAACUGUUUGACGAACUAGAGAACCAGUGCUUUGAGCUGGACAAAAAAAUUCAAAUGGUUCUAGCAGGAGACAGUGAAGAGAAUGAUGAGAAAAUCCAGGCAUUCAGAGCUGCCCAACUACAUACCAGACAAGCACAACAAUUUAAUGAAAAAACCAAUUAUUUACAGGAGUUGCUGAAUUUACAAAGUCUGCAUACUAAUGUUGAUAUCAUGCCUGCCUACUUUACACUACUACAGGAGGAGAUAGCCAAAACUCCUUGGAAAUGCAAAGGAGGAGGUAAAAAUAAUAUAUUGGUGCUUUCCAGUAUCAUAGCUGUACAAUCCUCCAAAUCCAUUUUACAUGUUUCAAACCCAUCUUAAUUUUUUAGUUAAAGAAGUUAUGAUUUUAUUUUAUAGAUCAUUUAUUUGUAAUAAGCAGUAAGUCAAAUAACCCAGAUUUAAAUAGUAUUAUCUCAACAUUAUAGGAAAAGCUUGCAGAUGAACAAAUGGAAUUGGCUGCCUUUGAGAAAGCCAAUGGACCACUAUCGGUUCAUUUGGAUGAGGUUCUCAAGAAAAUGAAUGUUGAGAGACAAGCUUAUCAUGGAAAAUCAUUCAUUGGUAAUCAUGUACACACUUGCUGCAAGGUAACACAAAUUCUACCCUUAGAGUAGGAAUUUGUUGAGUCACAAAAUUUCAUUGAAUUGUUGCAUUUGUUUUUUGGUAGGAAGACAACAUCAUUAAACUUAAUGCAGUGCUGUGCUGACAAAAACAGAGGAGUUGUGUCCUUCCCUCCUUUCUCAAGCAAGAGAAAUUAGCGUGAAAUUUGAACAAGUUUUUAAGUUAUUUGCUGCUUGCCACUUUGUCUAUGACAGUGCAGACUAUCUCAAUGAUGGCAAGAUUGAUAAGCUAGGUAACUGAAAGAAAAAACCUGACUUUCAUGGAAAAACAUGAAUACAGCAAUAAGAUCAUGUCUUAAGUCCACCUUUUCUUGUUUUCUUGUUGCAGAGGAAGACAUCACAAAUUUUCUUCAGUUCCUUAGGGAAAAAUUUCCAGACAUGACAGUCACACCAAAGCUGCAUAUGCUAGAAGAACAUGUUUGCCCUUUUCUUCGACAAUGGCACAUGGGCCUUGGAUUCUACGGUGAACAAGGGAUUGAAGGAAUACACUCUGAAUUCAAUACCCAGUCCCAGCAUUUUGACCAUGUGAAGAAAAAGGACACGAGAUUGCGUCAAAUCCUUGUCAACCAUCACAUUGCCACGAGUCCGGAACUAGCAGGGAAAGCUCCCAAACCUAAAGAAAGAAUUUUAAAACGAAAAGCGAACGAGUAAAACUCUUUCCUUUUCAAUAGCAAUGUAUCGGUUCGAUGACUAAGAACGAGUACUAUGUGUGUAAAUAUAGUGUAAUUUAUUUGCUCAACUUCUAAUUUAGACGAAUAAAAGUGUUACUACAAUCUUUGGAACCAAAACUAAACCUUUCCAGUCGUUUACAGACUGUUUCACUUGAAAUUCAGUACCUCCGAGAUUCAAAAUGGAGUCGCAUAACGGCCGAUCUUAACAUAUUAAAAGCGCCUCGAAUGGAGUCUUAAACAAUUCGGAUUAAAACACUUACCUCUGUCGGUUGUUCAGUAAGGUUUCAAGUCUUCUCUUUUGACUCUUGCUUUGCUGGAAAAAAUUCGAGCCUUUUCCAAAUUGAAAUCAAAGUUUUCAGUUGAUUUAAUAGGGUGUGCUUGCUAGACUCCACCAUAGCAACGUGUUUUCGUCGAACACAGGCAAAAUUUGACCGAUUUUACUCAAAUUUUCGACGGCAAAUGCCUCUUCCAUGUGUAAGCAUCCGCCAUGCUAAAUUUCACCCGCAUACAUUAGAUACGCAGCAAGAUUUCAUUGGCUAAACUAUAUCUUAGCCCAAGAGGUUGCCAUGGACGCUAGAUUUAUGCAAAUGCAUAAUUUGGUAUUAACCAGAGAAAUAAUAAUUAACUCGAUCUUUCCUGUACACCGCAUGCGCGAACUAAAUUUCCACCGCGAAACAGCCGUGAGGCUGACGUUUCGAGCGCUAGCCCUUCGUCAAAGCAAAAGGCGAGGGCUGUUGCACUUAUUUAAAGAUCAAGGCAUGAUUGCUUAAAUUAAGUUUUUAUAUUUCAUUUUACUUAACUUUGUAUUGUGGAAAAUUGGCUAUGUCAUAAUUUGGCGACUAUACCGUGGACAAGGAACCAAAAUGACCCUGGGCUCGAGAUUGUUUCCCCGCCGAAAGAAGACUUCAGAGUAGGCUACCAAUUACAUAGCCUUUUCCCGCCAAAUAACACCGUAGACAGUGACCUCAACUUCCUUUUUUUUUUUUUUUUUUACCCAGUAAGUGCUUCUUCCACCGAAAUUUGCACUUUAAAUCACGUAUUAUUUACAUUGUUGUUUUAGGAAGGAAUUUGCGCAUCAAGUGAAGGAACCUGGUUCAGAAAGCAUCUUCUUGGAAAAUGACAAUCUUAAAGUUGAAUUUGAUAGUCUUCGAGGUUUGUUGAAGGUGAGGUAGUUUUCUCCAGUUGCUUGCUUGUGUCUUACGUUCAGUUCUGUUCAUAUUUUGUUUACAUUUUUGUCAAAAACCAAGGUACAUUUUAACCUUUGAAUAAUCACUUAAUUCUUCGUGUUCCAAAGUUACAUAGAAACUCAAAUUAGACUUUUUCUAGCCAUCUACUCCACUCUGUUUCGUCCACCGCUGUUUAUGUAAUUUAGUUUCGCGGCAAUCUGAAAGUUGAAUGUAAACACAGUAAAUAAAAACUAAAGAAAAAGCUCUUCGGGACAGAUAACGUUCAGUACUUUCAAGGAACGGGCCACUGGCUUCACAUGCGAGUCGAGUUUGUUAUUUUUUGUCGUACUAGUCCUCCGCCCUUUUGCCCUUUACAAAACCCAAUGCUGGUCCAACUCGACUCAUGAAACAUUAGACUAGGAGCAGCUAAAAAGAUGCGCCACUGCUAAAAUCCAAUCUUAUUUACUUGUUGCGUUUAAUUAAAUUUCAGAGCAUUACACAUAAGCAAGACGGAUCAGUAACCAAUGUUGCCAUUGAUUUUGUGUCGUAUGGCACCACAGCGAGCAGGGAUAGGAGUGGAGCGUAUCUGUUUCUCCCUGACGGGCCUGCUCAGGUCUGACUCGACAUUAUCUGCAAGUUUAGGAGCCCUACGUGUAUGUUGCGCCAGGAAAUAGGUCAUCCUCAUCGGUGAAUUCUUCCCGAAAGGAAGGAUUUUCUGGUGUCCUACUUAGAUCAGAAAUUAUUGGAUUUACUGAUUGAAAAGAUGGUUAAGUGACGUCAUUUUAAUUUCAAAGACUUGCUUUUUUGAUUUUCUACUCUUAUAAAAUGGCGAUUUUUGAUUGACGAAAUUGCAGUUUAUUUUGAGCGAAAAGGCACUCAUAGUUUUCCCAACGGAAGCGUGAUUAUCAAAUUAAACUUGAAAGUUAUGACAUGGAUUCAUUGGGAAGAGUUUGAGUGCAUAUUGUUGUUUUUGGUUAAAUAAGAUACCGUUUUCAGGAGCAUGGCCAUGGAAGUGCAGAAAUGAUAAAAGCUAUUUCAGAAAUCAGCUUCGGAUUCUGCUAGAAUUCCCAAAUUUUAAAUAUUUUUAAAGCUGUUACUGCUCAACCUCGGAUGAAUUUGUACUUGACUUAUGUUCCCAUGGUGUAUCGUUUCUCUUGUGUAUUUGUAGGCUCAUGGCCUUGGAGAGCAGGUUACAGUGUAUGUAAGCAAAGGCAAGUUGGUGAGUAAUUGAUAUCAUUAGGUUGCACGUUACCCAGCUGCCUUCUAGCCAUCACAACAUUCGUACAUGCGCAGACGUUUGACCGCUUUGUAAACAGUACGUCACAUUUUAUGGUCUUCAGUCUAUUUCGCGGCUGUUGUUUGGUCUCGUCACGAAAUGGAGAACAAAUUGCCCGACAAGACCAAACGACUGCGGUCAAGAGAACUACCCGACCCAAUCUUACCUUUUUUUUUGACUCGACCCAAUGUUCCUCCCUCUUUUGCUCCGCCGUUUCUAUCGCGUUGUUUCGUAUUGUGUCUCGUAAGCUUCAUUUAACCUUACAGUUUUAAAAGUGGUGGGGCUUCCCCUUUCGUCAAACAUUGUACACACCUUGAAGAUGAGUAAAUACAGGGUAAUUUCAACUGAAUUAAAAAAUUGUGGUAGGAAAAAGAGAUUUUACGUGAUUCCAAGCAUGCAGUGGGUGAAAAUAAAGAUAAAAUAGGCAAGGCUUGGUAUCUCAGUAUGCGCGUUCUUCGACUACGUCCAAUUUUUCAAAAGAAAGAAACAAAAAUAAAAAUAUUUCAUUUUUGCUUUUCAUGGAAAGAUGCAAGAAGUACGUGUUGCUCUUCCCAAUGUGGUGCAUGUAGUCAGACUGUACUCACUAUCAGGUAAGUAAGCACUUGUUUGAUCCUACUUACGGCGGUAUGUUUCAAUGUACAUGAGAUAGUUUGACAUCCUUACGUGUUGCGAAAAGUUUUACUUGUAAAAGUGGGCGAAAGUUGCUCACGAGAUGUGUAUUCCCAGAUGACUACAGUUGCAAAAAAGGAUGUGAAAUAAGUAGAACAAAGUUUUCAAACUGUGUUUAACAGAACCUUAACUCUAUUUUCCACGUUUUGAUUUGCCACAGGACCUGAAGGACUAACUCUGGAUAUCCAGAACAAAGUAGACAUACGAAAUCAAAUGAACAAGGUAUAUUGCAAAGCAUCGGGGUCCAAGCAUCUUUUGCUUUUAUGAUAAGCUUUGUCGCUGAAUAAAGAACAGAGGAUGAUGUUCAUUUUCUUUUUAUGCAGGAAUUGGUGAUGAGAAUAAAAAGCGGUAUUCGGAACGCUGGCCGAGAAUAUUACACUGAUCUUAACGGAUUUCAGGUGAGGAGUGGACAUAAAGAGCCGAUGUUUUCGGUGAUGAAAACCUUAUGCGGCGCAUUUAGAAAAUUGAAGGACGUCGAGAUUUCUUUAUAAAUAGGUUGUUUGAUGUACGUUUAUGUCUUUCCAGUAUAACCUUUCUUGACAUCAGUUUGAUCGUUCUUAACACUGUUCAAUUAUUUUUUUCACUAAAGAUGCAAAAGCGCAAAACACUUGACAAGAUUCCUAUCCAAGCCAACUUUUACCCUCUCCCUUCCAUGGCUUUCCUUCAAGAUAAAUCGACGCGUUUGACACUUCUGUCAGCUCAGUCCAAUGGAGUAGCCGGUCUACACGAAGGUAUUGCUGUUUUGCUUGAGGCAGUUUUUUCCACACUCGUUGCGAACUAAGAGAACAUUCAUUAUUUAUCGCCUGAGGGGGUUUGGAGGAUUUUUUUAGGAUUAGUUUUCAGAGGGGACGGAAGGGUCAGUCGUCGCCAACAGAGUAUAAAGUGGAACUGUAAAAAAAUGAAUUGCUAAUGAGCAGCCAUUUAGGAGUAAUCAUAAGGAUAUUACACAGCCUUAUGGGGGAACAGGUCAAUUUUAACAAGUCCUUUGACCACCCCCGCGAUAAAAAAUGACUGGUCCUUAAGAUUGGCUUUUUAAAAAUGGUGAUAUGUGCUUCAGCCAAUCACUGAAUGAAAGUACUUAAAUGUUCACCGGCAAGCCGGUAAAUCAUGGAAUGAAUAUUGGGUUGAUAAAACACUAAAUUCUUGGUACAUAGUACUUGGCCAAAAAGAAACGUACGCUCUACAGCAAGAGGAAUCAUCUUUAAGAUCUCAGAAGUAAAAGAGCCAUUACUUUUUUUUCUUUAUUUAUCUAUGUAGUAUAUUAUUUGCAACACAGGUGAACUUCAAGUGGUUCUUGAUCGCCGUUUGUACCAGGAUGAUAACAGAGGCUUGGGUCAGGGCGUGACUGACAACAAAGUUACCCCCGCUAACUUCAGGCUGGUUCUACAGCGAUUCAAAAGUCCACAUGAACCUGUAAGUAAAACAGCAUAAGGAAGCUUAUUAAGAUAGGCAUGGUGGUUCACUGAAGCGUCCUUAUCAAGCUUAGCAGUAACAUCUUGUGUUUUGCAGGACGGUAUUCCACUUGCCUACCCCUCCCUCCUUAGUCACAGAUUGCUGCACCAUCUUAAUCACCCGCUGUUCACGUUAAUAACUCCAGCUCAGUCCGCUGACUCCGAGAACCUGCUGUCGGUUUUCGAAAGUUUACAGUCCAGUCUACCCAGUGAUGUCUUCAUGGUCACCUUGCGCUCAAUUGGAGAUAAACAGCGGCCUCGACCCAGUGGCGAGGCUUUGUUGGUACUUCACCGUCUAGGAUAUGAUUGUAAUUUUGAAUGCAAGUGCCUCACAACGACAAGUAAAGGACAGGUGAAAAAAGUCGAGCAUUAAAAAAAUGAUCUAAAUUAAGAGAAACUUAGAUGAAGAGAGAGACAAGGUCCUUCGAGGGCUCUGCGGUUUCAUUUUAAGCUGGGCAGUGGUAAUCUGCAAUAGAACCUGAAUUCAUGUUAGGGAAACGAGGAAAAACUCGAGUUUAGGACUGUAUCGACGGAGCCAACUUCUGUUCCCUCUCUUAGAUAUUGAAUUGGAAACGCUUUUUUCCACAACUGGUUGUAGGCAGACUCAACGAAAUUUCGCGAAAGUCAUCACCAAUGAUUGGAAGUGUGGCUGACAUUCCUUUUUUUUGGUUAAUUUCACAGGUGAAGUUAAACCAUUUGUUCCAGAAUUUGUCGAUCGACAAACUCCAGUCGACUUCUCUGACGAUGUUACAUGACUACCAAGAAUUGGAUCCCAGCUCCCCUCUGAACGUAGAACCAAUGGAACUUUAUUCUUACAAGAUGAGACUCAAAUGAUGACAGUUUAUAUCUUAGUGGUUGAAUUUUACAUAUCUGUUGCGCCCUGCAAAAAUAAUAUACACAGACACUUUCAUAGAGAAUUACCUGGUGAAAGUAAACAGAUCCGCUGUGUUUGAAUGAAAAAGAAAUUUCAUGACACUCCUAAGGUCUGUCUACUGAUAAAACAUUGACUGAAAAAAAGCUGGGCUGUUUUACUACAUUACAGUGCUAUAUAGGAGAAUGGUCCUAUGUUUGUGUACGUGUAAACCAGUCUAGUUAGAUUAACGGGCUUAUGCUACAAAAUUUGAGAUCUACCAUAAAUGCUCAGGGCUGCUUGGUUCGAAAGCCGGCUAAUCCAGGGAGAAAAGUUAUACUUAGUUUAAUUUCUCUUGUACAAAAGCGACUAGUAUGCCAAAAUUUUAGGGAUUUUAACCUUGUGGCAAAACUUAUCUCAACAAAAUAUAAACAGUGAAACUCUGCGAACUGAAGAAAAACUCGGUUACUCCUAACUAAGUCUUACCUAAUCGUGUUCUGAACAGCUCGACUCAGAGUUGUAACCGUCAAAGCUAUUUAUACAAGGACCUUCACUGACUACAGUAUAUGGAUAAUAACGGUAAGGGCUCGAUUCUUGUUUUGAUUGGUUUAAAGCACGUGGAAUGCCGCUAAGCAAAAUGUGCAAAGUAAUAAAAUAAACGAAUAAUAGAUAAUUGUCCUGAUGAGGAACUGCUCUCUUUGUAACAAACUUAAUCGACCAUUUUCAUAUUAGACCAAACACUAACAACAAGAAACAGUUUUGAAUUAAGUAAUGGUGUUCAACUCUAGCACCGUGAGGACGGAGAAUGCAUUCAUAGAACAAGCGUAUUAAGAGGAACGAUCCUGUCUUUUCCAUUCUAGCUGCUGUGGUCUCUGUCUAUUUCACACCUUUCGACAUAAUACGAGAGAAGAUAGUUUACAAUCUCUAGCACAAAAGUAAUCUGCAUUUAACAAAGGUAGCAAAACAUUGAACAAGUAGACAAAUGUAUACGGAGCUAUAUUGUAAAAAGGAUAGAAUCUUUAACUCUCAAUGAAUUUUAAUCAAUUGAAUUAAAAAUAAAAAUCGACGUAUUUUUCCUGG